AUGGGUUCUCGCAAACGAAAAACAACAUUUGGUUCUAUUACCUAUGAACAAACUAAAGCAGCAAUUGAAGAUAUUGUUGCCAACAAAAUGUCAACUCGUUCUGCAUCCUUUAAAUACAAUAUCCCCAGGACAACAAUGAGAAGAGCUAUGAAAAAAUAUAAAGAUUCUCAUCAAUAUCCAAAAAUGGGGUGGACAUCAAACAGAUUAGUAUUCUCACCAUCUCAGGAAAAUAAACUGCUUGGCCAAUAUAUUAUUCAGGCAAGUGAAGAUUUUAUGGGAUAUAGCCCUAAAGGAAUUAGAAUUUUAGCAUAUCAAAUGGCUAAGAAGUAUCAGUUAGUGAUGCCUAAAUCUUGGGAAUUAAAUAAAACAGCAGGUGAAGACUGGUUUGGGGCAUUUAUCAAAAGAAAUCCGAUUUUGUCUCUAGAGGCACCAAAAAAUGAUACCUUAAACGAAUACCUUAGAUAUGAAUUUUAUUCACAAAAAUUAAAGUCUUCUUAUGGUAAGUGUUUUCAAGAAACAUGCAUUGCCCAAUUCAAAGAUUUUGAUUUAUUUCAAGAUCAUAUAUGCAAAUGUAUUUUUGGGAUUUUUAAUUCUGAAAUAUCCUUAUCUAAAAUAGCUAAUAUAUUUUACCAAUAUUCCCUUUACAAUAAAAGAAUUCAUGAUGAAGGAUUAGAUAAUUCUUCCUUAAAUGAUGAAUCUAAUGACCCAAACAAUACAAAAAUCAUUCCUUUUAAUUUAUUAAUUAAAAAAUUAAAUAAAUCAAUGUUGAUAAAUUAUUGUUUGUAG